AACCCUUAACCGAGCUUAUUUCUCCUCUCACGUUCCCCACCGGAGAGGCUGCUCGCUGGUUCCGAUGAAAGAAGUCAGUCGUAACUCAGGGUGUAUUUCCUAACCCGGACCGGCCAUCCUCCCACAUGUGCUGACACGUUUCCAGAUAUUAUACACAUCCCGUCGGCCGGCGGAGGGAACAUUGUCUUGUCUGGUUUGACACAUUGCGAAUACAUACGCGAGACGCGCCGUUGGGGGAAGAUGUUGCUGAAGGAGUACAGGAUAUGUAUGCCCUUAACAGUGGAGGAGUACCGGAUCGGCCAGCUGUAUAUGAUCAGUAAACACAGCCACGAGCAGAGUGAUCGAGGGGAAGGGGUCGAGGUUGUCCAAAAUGAACCGUAUGAAGACCCUGUGCAUGGACAAGGACAGUUCACAGAGAAACGAGUCUACCUCAAUAGUAAAUUACCCAGCUGGGCUCGAGCGGUGGUUCCGAAAAUCUUCUACGUGACAGAGAAAGCGUGGAACUACUACCCUUACACCAUAACAGAAUAUACAUGCUCAUUCCUACCCAAGUUCUCCAUCCACAUAGAGACGAAGUAUGAGGACAACAAAGGGUGCAAUGACAAUAUCUUUGACACAGAGCUGAAGGAGCAGGAGAGGGAGGUGUGUUUCGUCGACAUUGCCUAUGAUGAGAUCCCAGAGCGAUACUACAAAGAGUCCGAGGACUUGCGAUAUUUCAAGUCAGAAAAGACGUCGCGGGGAAUUCUUCAGGAGGGCUGGAGGGACACCCAGGAUCCCAUUAUGUGCUCUUACAAGCUGGUCACAGUCAAGUUUGAGGUGUGGGGUCUACAGACGCGUGUGGAGCAAUUUGUACACAAGGUUGUUCGGGAUGUGUUACUGCUGGGACAUAGGCAGGCUUUUGCCUGGGUGGAUGAGUGGAUUGACAUGACAAUGGAUGAGGUGAGAGAGUUUGAGCGAGCCAUCCAAGAGGCCACAAAUGAGAAGAUUGGGAUGUUUCCCCCAUCGAUCUCCAUCAAUGAGACACCCCUGUCCUCCUGUGCCCUCACUGGCCCUGCCAGCGCCCCCUCCACCCCCAUGUGCACUGAUGCACCCGAGUCACUCUCUGUCCCCAAGGACCGGCCCCGCAAGAAAUCUGCCCCGGAAACCCUGACCCUUCCCGACCGUGCCACAAGUGGUGUCCCUGAGGGCUCUACAUCGAACCCACUUCCAGUUACAAACCACCUCCAGUCAUUGCCAACGCCAUCUUCCAACUCUGAUGUUACUGAAAUGGAUGAGCAGUAGGAAGGACUUUUGGAUGUCUCACCCCACUCCAUUCUUUACUUUUGUGCCCUAAACCUUUCAGAUUUGAGGCCCAAUACACCAGUGCCCCGACAUUAAAGUUUGAACACAAUAAUAGAUCUCUUUCAACCUUUAUUUGCACCAUCCAGGCAGCUGUAGGCUCCACCACCCUCACAAUGCUGAUCUCUAACUGUGGGUUUAGUUUGACAUGUCUCACUGAUUUUACACACCUUGAUGUUUUGCCAAAACAUUGAGCAGCCAUAAUAGUUUUUGGUUUGUGGUUCAAAUAAAAUAUUUUUAGUGUAGGUUUAGUUUUGUUUCCUUUGAUAAAUGAGCUGAUACCCUACAACGAAUCAGUUGCCUUAACACCACAAAGCCAGUGUAAUUCUUUUUAGUUUUGAUAAUUUGUGUGAAUAAAUGACAGAUUUUUCAGUCUAAAAAUGGUUGUAUGACUUAAAUAAGAUAUUCACUUCCUGACAAAACAAAAUUAGAGUGAAAGAAAUGUGGCAGCCAAGUGCCCUCAUAGCAGAAGUAUUUUGCAAUUUUUUUUGUGUCUGAACAUCAGAUUGUACCCAAUUUUUCCAUGACAAACUUCCAAAUAUACAACAGAUGCAAGAUCAGUACAAUCAGAGAUUUUUUGCCUCAGGUUUCCCCCACUCCUCCUGACUCACACUCCAAAGGCAGGGAAAUAACCAUACCUUUCAGUCCCUUCUUAUUGCCAAACAGCUGCAUUUAAUACCUCCACAAAUUUCAACACAGCACCUAUGUAUGUACUAUACCAGUCUGCUUAUCCCUGGGAAUGUUUACACGCCAGAAACCUUGGAGCAUUUGUGUAUUUUAGCAUGACAACUUAGUGAUUCUAAAAGUGAAUUUGUUGACAUUUAUUAUUAGAUGUAUCUUGUUUAGGCUAACCAAGAGGUCAGUAUGACAAAGUGAAAUGUUGCCUGAAAUUAAUGCUGUACAUCUCAUAUGACAUAAAGGUGAUCCUUUUUUUCCCAAAUCAGCAAAUCACUUUGAUGUCAUAUGUAGGAACAAGGCCAUUUGAGGACGUUUUUAAAGCACUGAUUGAUCUUUGUGCACAGUGGAGGUCAUAAAAAUUCAGAGUCUGAUAAGGGGGGAAGGACACAUGCAUCAAGCUGACUUGAGUAUGUGCCAAGCAGGGUAACGUGCAAAAGUGCUGAUGCCUUUGCUUUACCAGCACUGUUUUGUAAUACUGAGACAGUGCUUCAGUUGGCAGGGAUUUGAAAUGAGAAAAUCCUCUGCAGUGACCCAUUAUCUUUAGUGGACACGUACAAGUAACCACCUCAGACCCUUAAAGAAGAAACAAAUAUAUGAUCGAAGUGAGUUUAUCUUUGAAGCCCUUUUUCAAUACAGUUAUAUAAAUCAGCAAGGGUUUUAUAUGCUGCAUGGAAUGUUCAAAGCAUAUAUACAUAUUAUGUAAAGUACAUAUGUAUAUACUGUAAAUGAAUGGAUUGGUAAAGUUAAUUCUGUGAUGCAACUCUAUGGAAAACAUGAAUGCCAAUAUUGGAAGCUCUGUACUAAUUUUGUAUGGUAGUAAAAUCCAAUUUGAGCGAAUGGAAAGCAUGUCCAGAGAAUAUAGGCCUACAAACUCUUGCAACUCAGUGCCUCUGCAUGCAACUCUUGUAUCAUUGCCUAUCGGUGUAUAAGCCAAAAUCGCUUGUCAUCUUAGAAAUCAACAGUUUAUUUGCCUGCUUUAUUCUUAGCUGUCGCAUCUAAUGGCCUGAUCAGACUGCACAAAUUUAGCAAAAUUUUGUUGUCCAUAGUAUAAAGGCUGGCCUGAAUAUGACCACAUAAAAAGACAAAUAAUCAUGUAGUGUAACAUAGUCAAUGGCUACCACACAAUCCAAACUGGACAAGACUGGCAUAACAGAAUAUUUUCUAGUAUCCUCCAUCUAGUUUGACACCCUGAUGUGACGUCAGUGAUGUGGAUUGCAUCUACUUUUGCAUUAGCUUUAAUGACGUGUCAACAUUUUCAUACCUCAAGUUCCAAUUGAAGGAUGUCCAGUCCUCUUCUGUUACACAGGCCUGAGUCCAGAAUUGUUGUUUUCUUCUUUUUUAAAGCAAAAAACUUCAAACAUCACAGAGAGCAACUGACACUCCUCAACUGGCCUCCCUGGCGAUCUAUGUACUUCAACAGAGUCAAAAAGACGGCAGAUGAUGUUUGCCACUCUGUCAGCCAAGACAGGGUAAGAUUUAUGUUGUGUGGACAUGAUGCCUUCAUAAAGAAAGAAAAAAUAGUUGUGAAGUCUGAUAUGGCCAUAACAAAGCUCCAUAACAUGGUAAAGUACAACACAAUCAUAUCAGGUCAAUCAUAUCAAACUACUUCAUCAAAUGUUUUAACAGGAUAGAGUUGUUAUAAUUUAGGAAAUUUAAGUCUCCCUUUUCAUACCAGUUAUUUCUAAUUCAACAGCGCAAAUGCAUAUUUUUUGCACUUUCCAGUCUGUAACACCUCGUUUCACAAUGAAAAAAGUUACACAAGUCUUGUAGGUUUGUUGGACCAAAGUCCUACAGUACAGUCAAGUCAUUUUGAAGAGUGCAAGUCAAGGAGAGACUCCUCUGUAGUCUUGCCAUAAAAAACUGUUAAUACUGUGUACAGUUUCUCACUUUUUGUUAAAAAACAAAACAACUGUAGCUAUUUAUCUGCAACAGUAGCUUUUGUCUUUGCCUUAUGAGAAUAAAAUGUUAUAUACAAGUUAUGGGCCCUCUGUAUUGAUCUAAUAUGUAUAGAUUAUACAUACUUAAAACUCUGGUUAAUGACCAUCUCUCUUGUCAGGAACAUAGAGAUCCAGGGACAUGAUUGAUCUAACACGGGCUAUUAAAGAUGAUAAUGCAGAAUAUCCAUUUGUGUGACAUGAAGCUCUGCUCUGUUUAAAAGAGUAACGUAUUAGGUAUUGUAAAUACUGUUGUUAAUGACUAAUGUACCAAGUUUCUUACAUUGAAUCUGUUCCAAGUUGCAUUACUGAUGUGACAUGAAUGUGCUCAAAGAUUUUAAAAGGACAAUGAAGGAUUUCCUUUUGUGUUGUAAGGAUGAGUUCUUCACAGACACAAUUUGAGGGGCUGUUUUAAUCUAGAAGUAAUGUGUCUGCAUCAAUGAAGUCACUGAUACCGAAUUCAGUAUCAAGAUUCCUCAUUUUGGUGGUGCAAUUUUGACUCUUAAGUUGCUUUUGUUGACCCUGCAGGGCAAAACUCUUUGUACAAGUUGUAAAACAAAAUGAAGCUUUUCUUUUGAUGGGGUGGCUGCUUCGAUGUUUACUUGCCUUGUUAAUUGAGAGGUGAUUGGCUUUUCUGAUGUUUCCCCUUUUUUGUAGUAAACCUGCUGUAUUUUGAUUUUGUGGUAGCUGUAUUGUUUGAAGGAAGAUCUAAGUAAGUUUAUCAUUCUUUUUUUUUUUUUUGAUAAAAGGACCAAGCAUUUCACUCCUUCUGGUGCAGUUUGCAUUCAACCACAGUGUGUGGUUUUCCUGUGGCCUGUCUCACAAACCAGGAGUUAGCAGUAGAAGUACACGGAGUGAAUCCAGGAAAAGCGCUGAAAGAUCAGGUGUGAGUGUGCCUGUCAAAGCUAAUCCUGCUGUGUGAGAUGGGCCCUGGGAGUGCUGCUCCUGCUCGAAGUCACUCUUAGUUCUUCCACUCUAACUGUUAUUGUAUUUGGUAUGUUUUUACUGCCCUUUGAGGUUUAUUUGGUUCUUUGUUGUAACUUUACUUUUUUCUGGAAUAGACAAAUAAACUUUACUAGC